CCCCCUUCUUUAACACUCCCAGCCCAAAUCAUCCCAACUUAAAAACCCAACCCACAAUCCACUUUCAAAAUCCCAUCCAUCAACCCUCUUACCUCAGCACAGCCCAACCCACAUUCCUCUUACCAAAAUUACCAGAAUCCCAGCCCAAUCAUCAGAGAGACGCGCUCUCCGCUCCUGCAGCCGGCAACACUCAACUAGUUAGUGUCGGCCACCUUCCAUACGUCGGCGCCAACACCGUCACGACAACUAGAGUUGCUCACCUGACCAAAAAUCUACUCGGGGCCUGGCCGGAGUUGAUGUCUAAAACUGAAAACCUCGGCCCUCGGCCUAAUCCUCCCUCCCCGUCUAAUCACCUCGCCAGAGCAAACCCACUUGCCGCUGGAUUUUCUGUCUCUGAUGUUCUAUAU